GUUGGUUGACGUGAACGGUCGUUAGCUUUGACGUUAGCUGCUGUCCAGCAAAUUUAGCUCUGGCUUAUUUAAUCGCGCAUUGGCUAUAAAUUGUACUUCCCACAUCUCUUUAACCCUUUACUUGCAGUGUAAUAACAUAAGCGGCACGUAAAAACGUAUGAUUAAUUGCUUAUUUAGCUUGGUGCUAAUAGGUUUCUUCUAUCCUUAAGCUAAUGUUAGUAUUAUGACUAACGUUGAUUGGUUGAAAUCCUCUAUUUUACCCCCUGAUGCUAACUAGCUAUUGUCAAUGGUGGCUUUGAUUGGCUGAUUUAGCAACCAGGCUAGCGUUGACCUUUUGUUAUCAAUAAAAUAGCUAACGUUAUUUUUUUUGCUGGACCUGUUGAUUGAUGCUAACGCCAUUAUUUCUGAAAGCGUUGUCAGUUCUUCGGGGGAUUCAACUGUAGCCAAGAACUUAUCUGUCUGCCCCUUCAUACUCAGAUCCAUGGCAAAGUGGUUGAAGGACUACCUAAACUUUGGCACCAGGCGUGACCCUCCACAGCCCCCGAGGCCAGAUUACAGUGAAAGUGAGAUUUUGAGGGCCUACAGAGCUCAGAAGGAGCUGGAUUUCGAGGACCCGUAUCAACACUCUGAGAAGGAGCAUCAGAAUGGUGGUUUCAGCCCCCGUAGCGCCACAGUGAGCCUUCCCUCGUUCCCUGCAUUCGGUUCAGUGCUGCCUAAUGGUGUUGAGGUGAAAGUGGUGUCUCCCAAACACAGACUCAUUAAAGUGGACUCUCAGGAGUUUGGCUGCUGUAAAGUCCCCCUAACUCCUGUGACUACUCAAGAGGAACCUGUGAUUCCUUCUGCUCCAGCGGCGUUGGAUGCUGACACAGACUACUCUGAUCCAUUUGAUGUUUGUCCAGAACCCAGAGGCAGGCAAAACUGGGAGCCCAAACCUGCAUCAACAGACUACUGCAGCUACAUGGAGCCAUUUGAAGCCCAACGGAUUAUCUCAGAACUGCAGCACAGCAUGAUGAACAACAGGUCUGGGAGUGCAGAUGGCGUCCAAUUGUAUGACAACCCGUACGAGGAGCGGCCUCGACCCUACUACCGAGCGGCUCCAGCAGCACAACAACAAACGCCGAGGGUUGAGUUAGGACUUCCAGACAGCAGAGAGAGCAGGCUGCCUCGGGAUGAUGAGAGGCCGGCGGAUGAAUACGACCAGCCCUGGGAGUGGAAGAAAGACAACAUAUCUAAAGCUCUAGCAGUUCAGUUUGAAGGAGCUGAAAGGGAGCGCUCCCGAGCUCAGACGGAGCCUACCCGACUCACCAAGACGGGCACCUCAUCGUCCACAGUUGACUCCACCACGUUCCCUCUGAUCGGUGACACACCUCCUCUCCUUGGAGAGAGAGUGGAUCCAACUAUGCCACUGGAGAGACAAGUGUGGUACCACGGAGCUCUGAGCCGCUCGGAGGCAGAGAGUCUACUGACUCUGUGCAAGGAGAGCUCUUACCUGGUGAGGAACAGCCAGACUUGCCGGAACGACUACUCUCUCUCACUCAGGAGCUGUAAAGGUUUCAUGCAUAUGAAGUUCACUCGGUCUGCAGAGAGGCGCUACGUGCUCGGGGAGAACAGCCCUCCCUUCUCCACCAUCCCCGAGGUCAUCCACUACUACACCACACACAGGCUGCCCAUCAGAGGAGCCGAACAUAUGUCCCUACUGUAUCCGGUCAUAGUGCAGACCCUCUGACACUGACCACUUCACACACUCUUUCUCCUGGUGCUACUGAUUACCAUAGAUACUCAAUAUUGACUUAUAUUUGUCCAAUUUUCCUACAUGCCUUUUCACUGCCGUUCUACCUGAACCGCCCGCCCGACAUUGGACUGUUUGGUGCCCUCUUUUCCGUUUACCAUUUCACCAAUAACUACACUGGCAGCCGAAUAAGAGCUCAAUGCCUCGUGAAUAUUCGCCUGUGACUGGUAUCAUCACUGAAAUCCUCUUGUUUUAAUUGCAUGGACCCCCGAAAUUCAUUACUUAUAGGUGAACAAUAUUAUACAGAAUCUUGCUUGACAUUUGAAUCUUUUACUGUACAGCACAGAUAUACCACACUGCCAGAUCACUGAGAGGAGACUAGUGGUGUCUUUGUUUUUGCUGUUCAGCCCAGGCACCAGUUAUCUCCAUAUUAAUUUGAUGCUUUAAUGGGACAGAUAUGAGACGUGAUAAAAACAGAAAGUACUGUUUUAAAAGUGGUGCAACUGCAAACAACACGAGCCUUCAAGUGUUCUCUACAAUAUCAGCCAAACGCUACACAUACUGUGAAUGUUAUAUAGCUGCGUAUAACUUCACUUAGUAGCAGACUCCUGCAACACUACUUUCGAGGAUAAUAACUACAGUAUUCUAUUAAGCUCGUGGCUUUGUGAUCUUGACUAUUUGCUUUGGUAGGUUAUUUACUGUUGUGUUUUAUAAGAAUUGAAAAGUCUUUUGAAAAUAAAGGUGUUGGUUUUUUUAAA